UCCCAUCCUCUCAAGCUUUGAUUCCAAUUCAUCCUCAUCAGCCCACAAACAGAUAUUAAUCACAAUGUGCAAGAUGACAUCUCCUCCUCUCUGCAACGGCAAUUCAGACUUUGCGUCAAAUAAAGACACAAACACAGAAGACCAGAAGCGCCGUCUCACCGCCCCAUUGAUCCCCAAAACCACAACUCAUCCCAGAAAAGAGCAAAAACCCCAGACAAUACAGAAACCCCAGAAAUCCCAUUUCACUUUGGCUAUGAAAGAAGCGAGUUCCAUAGCUAGUAUUGCUUUCCCUAUGAUCCUUACUGGGCUUUUACUCUAUUCCCGGUCCAUGAUCUCCAUGCUCUUCCUCGGCCGCCUCGGUGACCUGGCCUUAGCCGGCGGCUCCUUGGCCGUCGGCUUUGCCAACAUCACCGGAUACUCUAUUCUUUCCGGUCUCGCCAUGGGAAUGGAACCCAUUUGCGGCCAGGCUUUUGGUGCCAAGAAACAUACUUUGCUUGGUCUCUGUUUGCAAAGAACAGUUCUUCUUCUUGUACUGAUCUCCAUACCAAUUUCAAUUCUCUGGCUCAAUAUGAAGAAAAUCCUAAUUCUUUGUGGCCAAGACGAGGCAAUUGCCAUUGAAGCCCAAUCAUACCUCCUCUGUUCACUUCCCGAUCUUCUUGCUCAGUCUCUGUUGCACCCUUUGAGAAUCUACCUACGGUCUCAAUCCAUCACUCUGCCUCUGACAUUCUGCGCAACUCUGGCGAUCAUCCUACACAUUCCUAUCAACUACUUUCUCGUUUCGCACCUCAAUAUGGGAAUCCAAGGUGUUGCCUUAAGUGGGGUUUGGUCGAAUUUCAAUCUGGUGAUCUCUCUGAUAAUCUACAUCAUUAUUUCCGGCGUGUACAAGAAAACUUGGGGAGGUAUUUCAAAUGAGUGUUUACGAGGAUGGAAGACUCUUCUCAAUCUGGCCAUACCAAGCUGCAUUUCAGUUUGCCUUGAAUGGUGGUGGUACGAGAUCAUGAUCUUGCUCUGCGGUCUGUUACUGAAUCCAAGAGCAACUGUUGCGUCAAUGGGGAUUCUUAUCCAGACCACUGCAUUAAUCUACAUCUUCCCUUCUUCUCUGAGUUUCAGUGUAUCCACACGUGUUGGGAAUGAAAUUGGAGCAAACAACCCCGAAAAGGCAAAGCUCGCAGCCAUUGUGGGGCUCUGUUGCAGCUUCAUUCUAGGCCUAACAGCCCUUAUCUUUGCAGUGAUGGUGAGAAACAUAUGGGCCAGCAUGUUUACUCAAGACAAGGAAAUCAUAGCACUCACAUCGCUGGUCCUGCCCAUAAUUGGCCUCUGCGAGCUCGGAAACUGCCCGCAGACAACCGGCUGCGGCGUGCUGAGAGGCACGGCGCGGCCGAAAGUUGGGGCCAACAUAAACUUGGGAUGCUUUUACAUUGUGGGAAUGCCGGUGGCGGUGGGGCUGGGGUUCUUUGCUGGAUUAGACUUCAUGGGACUGUGGUUUGGACUUUUGGCGGCUCAGGGUUCCUGUGCUGUGACCAUGUUGGUGGUUUUGGUUGUUACAGAUUGGGAAUAUGAAACCCAGAAAGCAAAACAGUUGACAGGAGCUGCUGGAGUUGUGGAUGACAGCGCAGAGGUUAAGGAAGACAAGCCAGACAAAGCUGAAAUCAAGGGAGAUGACCGUUCAUUUCUAUUAGGUGAUGAGUUAGAUUACGCUAAUGAUGAUGACAAUAAUGAGAGUAGGAGUAACAAUAGUGAUUCAAAUGUUUAGAUUAAUCCCCUCGUCUUUUAAUUCUUUUUUUUUAGGGUCUUCUUGUUUGUCCUAAUGUGUAUAGUAGUCUUUGGGUGCAUGUAGAUCAAGAGCAGAGGGUUCUGUCUUUGUUUUGGGGGGAGAAGGGUAUUUGUAUUGGAACGACUAGCUCUGUCCCAUGUUCAAAAUUCAUAGUUGCAGUGAAAUUCAAUGGUAAGCUGUACAUGUUGAAUUUCCAAAGGAAGUGGCUAGAAAUUGUACAUGGUCAUCUCCACCCUUUUCUGCAUUUGACAAUUGGAUACAAUCAUUGAAGAAGAAUUACUUUGCAAAUCACAAUCUGUCCUUCACUCCGUUGGUUUGAAUUUGAUCAGAAGGAACAGACAGCGUCUCUCUGUUUUAAGUUGUUUUCUUGCACAGUUUGGUAGUUGAUGCAGUGGUAGUAGACCAUACAAGAAGUUGGCUAGCUAUCACUAUAUGGAGGGUUUUAAAAGUGAUGUAACUUGCCAUUGUUGCACUUAAGAUUUGAAAUUAAUGUAUCGAUUCAUUGACAUAUUGUGGAG